CCUUUUCUUUCAAUCUUCAGAUUUCCUGUUUAAGUUCUUGGUCAUAGGAAAUGCUGGAACUGGAAAAUCCUGCUUGCUACACCAAUUUAUUGAAAAAAAGUUCAAAGAGGACUCAAAUCAUACUAUAGGAGUGGAAUUUGGCUCAAAGAUCAUAAAUGUUGGUGGUAAAUAUGUAAAAUUGCAGAUAUGGGAUACAGCAGGACAAGAGAGAUUCAGGUCUGUAACAAGGAGUUACUAUAGAGGAGCUGCAGGUGCUUUGCUUGUCUAUGAUAUAACCAGCCGGGAAACCUACAAUGCGCUUACUAAUUGGUUGACGGAUGCAAGAAUGUUAGCAAGUCAAAAUAUUGUGAUAAUACUGUGUGGAAACAAAAAGGAUCUUGAUGCAGAUCGUGAAGUUACUUUUUUAGAAGCAUCCCGGUUUGCACAAGAAAAUGAGCUCAUGUUCUUGGAAACAAGUGCUCUAACGGGGGAGAAUGUUGAAGAGGCCUUUGUACAGUGUGCAAGGAAAAUACUCAAUAAAAUUGAAUCAGGAGAACUGGAUCCAGAAAGAAUGGGCUCAGGUAUUCAGUAUGGAGAUGCUGCCUUGAGACAGCUGAGAUCACCACGUAGAGCACAAGCACAAAGUGCUCAGGAAUGUGGGUGUUAGAGAAACAAACCACAAAGUCCCAAAUACUUACUUUAGAUACAGAAGCACUCCUUGCAAAUGGUGUUUGAAGAAACAGAAAAGCUUGAAGGCUAUGCAGUUUUUAAAAACAUCUUCCACUAUCUAC